AUUUGGGGAAGUGCAAAAACCUUUCAAAAGGGUUUCCUGCCGUUAGGAGAGGCAGAGGAACGGGGGACGAGAGAUGAGUAUUCCAGAGCUACGUGAAUAAUUUCUAGCUUCUGACGGGACGGUUCCGAACGCCCUUCCCAGGUGCUCUCACUCUGGUGUUCACAGGCGGGAAACUAGGAACAGCUGGUUCCCAGCCCUUGGGUUUUGACUGGCGAAGAAGCCAGGUUGUUGGGACAGGUGGGGCCCAUUUCAGUGGUUUUCUUUGAAAAAGCCCAGCAAGAUGUCAGGCCUGCUCUCAAUCUUCCUCCGCCUCCUCCUUCUCUUCAAGUUGGUUGCCCCGGUGACCUUUCGCCACCGCCGCUAUGAUGACCUCGUGCGGACGCUGUACAAGGUGCACAACGAAUGUCCCUACAUCACGCGGGUUUACAGCAUCGGGCGCAGUGUGAAGGGGAGACACCUCUACGUGAUGGAAUUCAGCGACUACCCCGGAAUCCACGAGCCCUUGGAACCAGAAGUCAAGUAUGUGGGGAACAUGCAUGGCAACGAGGUGCUAGGCCGUGAGUUGCUGCUGCAGCUGUCGGAGUUCCUGUGCGAAGAGUUCCGGAAUGGGAACCAGCGCAUUGUCCAGCUGGUGGAGAGCACGCGCAUUCAUAUCAUGCCUUCCAUGAACCCAGAUGGCUAUGAGGUGGCCGCUGCCCAGAGCCCAGAUAUUUCUGGGUAUCUGGUUGGCAGGAACAACGCAAAUGGAGUGGACCUGAACCGCAACUUUCCGGAUCUCAAUACCUACAUCUACUACAAUGAGAAGCAUGGAGGCCCCAACCACCACUUGCCCCUUCCAGACAACUGGAAAAGUCAGCUUCACCACCAAGCUCUCAUGUCUUCUCAGGUGGAACCUGAAACCCGGGCUGUGAUCCAUUGGAUACGCUCCUUCAACUUUGUUCUUUCGGCCAAUCUCCAUGGAGGGGCAGUAGUGGCCAAUUACCCGUAUGACAAGUCCCUGGAGCAUCGGGUCCGAGGUUUCCGUCGCACUGCCAGUACCCCCACGCCUGAUGACAAGCUUUUCCAGAAGCUGGCCAAAGUCUACUCCUAUGCACAUGGAUGGAUGCACCAGGGUUGGAAUUGUGGGGAUUACUUCCCAGAUGGCAUCACCAAUGGGGCUUCCUGGUAUUCUCUCAGCAAGGGAAUGCAAGACUUUAAUUAUCUCCAUACCAACUGUUUUGAAAUCACGCUGGAACUGAGUUGCGACAAGUUUCCCCGCCAAGAGGAAUUACAGCGCGAGUGGCUUGGUAAUCGGGAAGCCCUAAUCCAAUUCCUGGAACAGGUACACCAUGGCAUCAAGGGAAUAGUGCUUGAUGAGAAUAAUAAUAAUCUCCCUGAGGCUGUCAUUUCUGUCAGUGGGAUUAACCAUGAUGUCACUUCAGGUGAUCACGGCGAUUACUUCCGGCUGUUGCUUCCAGGCACCUACAUUGUCACUGCCACAGCACCUGGGUUUGACCCAGAGACAGUGAGUGUGACCGUGGGUCCUGGGGAACCCAAACUGGUUAACUUCCAACUCAAGAGGAGCAUCUCUCAAGUAAGCCCUACGCAGAGCUUUCCCAGUGCAGGGCCUGGAGGCAGAGUCUUACCAAAGCAAGUGAAGCCCCAGGCAGCCAAGUAAAAAGAAUUGGGCGGAGAGUCCCUGCCUGAAACCACAGCGCCUAGGGCAACACUUCAGAAAGGCUUUCUUUGAUCCUGCUCUUCAAUCAGAUGACACAUUCCUUCUAUUUUAUUAUCUGGGACAUAUUUAAAUAUAAACAUAUUCAGAAUAAUUCAGAAUAGUCUCCAUGUGUUCCAGGGAUAGGGCCUCUCUGAUCAGUAGUCCGUAGAUUCAGCAGUGUUCAGUAAGAACACAACUGAUUCUGGGGGAGUGGUUUAGGCUCUGGCAGUGUGGUUAGGUCUACACUGCAUCCAGAGGCUGGUUCUGGCUGGCUGGCCGCUCUCUUGCCAGAGUCUAGCACAGAGCCUGCCAUAAUUCAUCAUUGAUGUUGUUCCCAUAGCAAGACCAGGUGACCAAUUCUGAAAUCCCAGAGAACCAUUUUAGCAAUAGUCAAUAGCUUCUUGAUAAGAAAAGGAUUUCCCACGCAAACACCUGGUCCCAUUGCUACUCAUUUUUGUACAUGGGCAUUUUAAACAAUAGGCAUCUUCUAAAACAUUUUCUGGGUGUGCUAAGUGCAAAGCAGAUGCUCCUGUGGAAUGGCUUUGUCCUGUCCCUGUGCCAGCAAUACACAGCACUUUCCGCUUUGCUGAGUUCCCCAGAAUAAACUCAUUUGUUCUAAGAGUG